AGAGAGACAGAAGGUGCAAAGUCUACCUGGUGUUUGGGUAUAACAGGCGGGUCGUGCUGAGAGAGCGGCAGGCAGUGAGUGUAUGAGAGAGGCAGAGGGACGUAAUAAGACUGAAGGACAGAAAGCAAUUGUAACAAGCGUAUUGCUCCAGCUAUGAGGAACUGCAGUGCACGCUAACUCCGGCACUUACUGAGACGACACUUCCCUAUGGCGGUGGCAGAACUGUACACCAAGUAUAAUAGUGUUUGGAUCCCUGACCCUGAUGAAGUCUGGCAAUCAGCUGAGAUUACUAAGGACUAUAAGAAAGGAUCAGAUGUACUAUUUCUGCAGUUAGAAGAUGGCACUGAAUUGGAGUAUCCAAUUGAUCCUGUUAAGAUACAACUGCCACCUCUCCGAAAUCCAGACAUACUGGUGGGUGAAAAUGACCUCACGGCACUCAGCUAUCUCCAUGAGCCUGCAGUUUUGCAUAAUCUCAAAGUGCGCUUUGUGGAUUCCAAACUCAUCUACACUUACUGUGGCAUUAUUCUUGUGGCUAUUAACCCUUACAAAGAAAUACCAAUCUAUGGAGAUGCCAUCAUCCAUGCCUACAGUGGGCAGAAUAUGGGCGAUAUGGAUCCUCAUAUCUUUGCUGUGUCCGAAGAAGCUUACAAACAAAUGGCCAGGAAGAAUAGAAACCAGUCUAUUAUUGUAAGUGGAGAAUCGGGUGCAGGGAAGACUGUGUCUGCUCGAUAUGCGAUGAGGUAUUUUGCUACUGUUAGUAAGUCCAGUAGCAAGGCUUGUGUAGAAGAUAAAGUCCUUGCAUCAAAUCCUAUAACAGAGGCUAUUGGAAAUGCAAAGACAACACGAAAUGACAAUAGUAGCCGUUUUGGUAAAUACACAGAGAUCAGUUUUAAUAACCAGUAUCGAAUCAUUGGUGCAAAUAUGAGAACUUACUUACUGGAAAAAUCAAGGGUGGUGUUUCAGGCUGAAAAUGAAAGAAAUUACCACAUAUUCUACCAGCUUUGUGCUUCUGCAGAUCGACCUGAGUUCAAGCAUCUGAAAUUAGCUCCUGCAGAGAACUUCGCUUAUGUGAACAUGGGUGGAAAUACUGUGAUUGAUGGUAUUAACGAUCAAACUGACUUCAUUGAAACACAAAAAACAUUUUCACUACUGGGCUUGAACAAAGACUUUCAGAUGGAUAUCUUCAAAGUGUUGGCAGGGAUUCUGCACCUGGGAAAUGUUGGAAUAAAAGCUGUGGGUGAUGACAAAUCCUCAGUCAAACGUGAUGAUGAUCAUCUGAAAGUAUUUUCUGAACUCUUGGGGAUCAAGCUGGAGGAGAUGGCUCAUGGACUGUGCCACAGAAAAAUUGCUACUACCUCAGACACUGUGAUCAAACCCAUGACCAAGAGUCAAGCAAUCAAUGCCAGAGAUGCUUUGGCUAAACACAUCUAUGCUCAUCUGUUCAGCUGCAUUGUGGAUCACAUCAACAAGGCAUUGCAGUUUUCUGGCAAGAAGCAUACAUUUAUUGGCGUUCUGGACAUUUAUGGGUUUGAAACCUUUGAUGUGAAUAGCUUUGAACAGUUCUGUAUUAAUUAUGCCAAUGAAAAACUGCAGCAACAAUUUAACUUGCAUGUGUUUAAACUGGAGCAAGAUGAAUACAUGAAAGAAGACAUUCCAUGGGCACUGAUAGAAUUCAAUGACAACCAACCUUGCAUUGAUUUGAUAGAAGCUAAGAUGGGUAUACUGGAGCUAUUGGAUGAGGAGUGCCUGUUGCCGCAAGGAACAGAGGAAAACUGGCUUCAGAAACUGCAGAAUAAUUACUUAAAUAAAAAUCCUCUCUUUGAGAAGCCUCGAAUGUCAAGUAAAGCUUUCAUCAUCCUGCAUUUUGCUGACAAGGUGCAAUAUGAAUGUGACGGAUUCCUUGAAAAGAACAGGGACACGUUAUAUGAAGAAUUGAUUAAUGUACUGAAGAAAAGUAAGUUGAGUCUCCUAGCUGAUUUCUUUCAAGAAAAUGAACAGUCUACAGGGAGCUUGAAGCCAAAUAUUAAAGUCAGGCCUGCAAGACCAGGAUUUAAAUCCUUCAACAAACAGCACCGGACAACUGUCGGUAGUAAGUUCCGUAAUUCUCUGCAUCUACUAAUGGACACCCUCAAUGCUACAACACCUCACUACGUGCGUUGCAUUAAGCCGAAUGAUUUGAAGCUCCAGUUUGAGUAUGAUUCAAAGAGAGUUGUUCAACAGCUUAGAGCAUGUGGUGUUCUGGAGACUAUUCGGAUCAGUGCACAGAGUUAUCCUUCCAGGUGGACGUACUUUGAGUUUUUCAGUCGCUACCGCAUUCUGAUGUCACAACAAGACCUUGCAUUAGAUGAUAAAAAACAGAUCUGCAAAGAAGUCUUAAAGCAUUUAAUUCAGGAUCCAAACCAAUACCAGUUUGGUAAAACCAAGAUUUUCUUUCGCGCGGGGCAAGUGGCUUAUUUGGAAAAACUGCGUGCAGAUAAACUGAGGGCUGCUUCAGUCACUAUACAGAAGAAUCUGCGAUGCUGGAUUCAGCGGAAAAAGUUCCUAAAAAUGAAACGAGCUGCUAUCAUCAUUCAGCAGUAUGUUCGUGGGGAACGUGCUGUACGACGUGUAUUGAAUGCGGCUAUUUUAAAACAAUCCUGGGCUGCAGUUAUAAUCCAAAAACAUUGGCGGCGAUUUUCAGUGUCUCGUCAUUACCACCUCAUUCUCAAGGCUAUCAUCAGAAUUCAGUCUUUCACCCGAGGCUGGUUAGCAAGAAGGCAAUAUAAAAAGAUGCAGCAAGAUCAGAAAGCCUUAGUAAUUCAAAAGCACGUCCGCGCUUGGUUGGUAAGACGCAGAUAUCAAAGUAUACGGCGUUUUGUUUUGAACAUCCAGCUCUCAUUUCGUGUUAAACAACUCCACAAGAAACUGGAUGAGCAGAGCAAAGAGAACAAGGGGUUGUUGGAACGUUUGACACAUCUGUCUACAAUUCACUCAGCUGAUCUCAACAAAUAUCAAAAACUUGAGGAGGAGCUGCAGAAAGCAAUGACACAAAAGCAGGUCAUUGAGGAACAAGUGAAGAAAUCCAAGGGCCAAACUGAGCAGACGCUGUCAGAGUUUAGAAAGCAAACAUUAUCACUACAAGCACAAAACCAGAAACUGGAGAAGCAACAUCAGGACCAGACCGAAGAAUUGAAAGAAAAAAUGAAUGAAAUAACACGCCAGCAUCUUGGUGAUUUAGAAAGGGAAGAACAGCAGAGGAGAACAUUGGAAAAUAAUUUUCAGACUCAGAAAGAGAAUUAUGAAAAGCAAAUCAAAGCACUGAUUGAUGAAAUCAAACAUCUACAAGAGGAAAGAAUCCGGUUACAGGAACAGAUUCAAGAGGAGUACCUGAUAAAUGACGGUCUACGUAAGGAUUUGGCCCAACUGGCUGAUGAAGCACUAGUAAUUCCAAAACUUAAAGGAGACAUUGCAACUCUUGAAAUGAAGAACCAAGAUUUGGAUAUGUGCCUGCAAAAGCAAAGAAAAGAAAUGAGAGAAAAAGUUGAAGAAAUUACAAAACAGCUCCUUGGAGGUUUAGAGGGUGAGGAGCUACGAAAGAGACUUUCUCCAGAGGACAUGGAGCAGCUAAAUGAAGAUGGAGAGCUCUGGUUGGCAUAUGAAGGAUUGAAAAGAGCUACCAGAGUGAUGGAAAUGCAUAUUCAGUCUCAGAAAGAGAACUACGAGAAAGAAAUCGAGGAACUCAGUUUUAGAAUUGAUCAGCUCUGUGAAGAGACUACGCAUCUCCAACAAAAAGUCGAAGCAGAGAAUGACACUAAUGAGACCAUUCGGCAGGAAGUGACUAGACUGGCUAAAGAAAAUCUGGUCAUACCAGAAUUCAAACUCCAAAUCUUAGAGCUGCAAAAGCAAAAACAAGACAUUGAGAAGCACUUACAAGGACAGGUUGUGGAAAUGAAAGAAAAAAUGGAAGAAGUUACUGAUCAAUUACAAGGCAAUCUUAAAGAAGAAGGAUUCCAAAGAAGAUUGGUAGAAAUCCAGAAAGCUAACUGUGCCAAAGAAAAUAUGGAAUUACUUGAUAAAGUGAGAAAACUUGAAAAUGAGAAUCAUCAGCUACUGAAUUGGACCCAAGCUGAUAGUGCAGCCAGUAACAGAAUGAAGCAAGAAGCAUCUCAAUUAACAUUGGAAAACUGGGAUCUGGAGGAACGUCUUGAUCAGAAAGAAAAGCAAAUCAGGAAGUUGCAACAUCAGAUUAAGUCCUUAACCAAAACAAUUGAUAGAGGAAGUCAAGCCAAUGGAAAAGUGAGUCCCAUUGUGAAGAAGGAGUUCCUUGGAAUGUUGGAAUGUAAAACUGAGGAUGAAGAAAAGCUCAUAAAAAAUCUAAUUUUGGACCUAAAACCACGUGGUGUGGUUGUAAAUAUGAUUCCAAUACUGCCAGCAAGUAUCCUGUUCAUGUGUAUACGUUACACCGAUGAUAGUAAUGAUGCUGAAAUGCUGAAAUCCCUGAUGAACUCUCUACUUGAUGGUAUCAAAACAGUCACUAAGAAUCACAGUGAAGAUUUUGAAAUGCUGUCAUUUUGGCUUUCCAACAGUGUCCAUUUUCUUAACUGCUUAAAGCAGUACAGUGGAGAGGAGGAGUUUAUGAGGUACAACACUCCUCAACAAAAUAGCCAAUGUCUGAAAAACUUUGACCUGUCCGAAUAUAGACAAAUUCUGAGUGACUUGGCCAUUCACAUUUACCAACAACUCAUUCAAGUGAUGGAGGAUGACCUUCAACCAAUGAUAGUACCGGGAAUGCUGGAACAUGAAAGCCUGCAAGGCAUUUCGAGCAUGAAGCCAACUGGACUUCGGAAAAGAUCUUCAAAUUAUCAAGAAGAAGUGGACAAGUACACAAUAUCUUCCAUCUUGCAGCAGCUCAGCUACUACUUCACCACCAUGUGUCAGCAUGACAUGGACACUGAUCUGACCAAACAGGCCGUUAAACAGCUCUUCUUUCUAAUUGGAACAAUCACCCUUAAUAAUCUCUUCCUGCGCAAAGACAUGUGCUCAUGCAGAAAAGGAAUGCAAAUAAGAUGUAAUAUUAGUUACUUGGAAGAGUGGCUGAAGGAUAAGAAUAUGCAGACUAGCAAUGCUAAAGAGACCCUGGAACCACUAUCUCAGGCUGCCUGGCUACUUCAGGUUAACAAGACCACAGAUGAUGAUAUGAAAGAAAUAUGUGCAAAAUGUACAUCUCUCUCAGCUGUGCAGAUUGUCAAGAUUUUGAACUCCUACACGCCAAUUGAUGAUUUUGAGAAACGUGUGGCACCAUCCUUUGUGCGCAAAGUUCAGUCACAACUGAACAGUCGUGGAGAUGGAUCAACAUUGAUAAUUGAUGCCAAAUAUCAUUUUCAAGUGACUUUUCCAUUUAGUCCAUCUCCACAAGCAUUGGAGACCAUCCAGAUUCCCAGUAGCUUCAAAUUAAAUUUCCUUACUCGGAUCUAAAAGAAUGCUACUGUGUCAAAUAUCCGAUUGGUAAACUUCAAAGAUGAGAAUUGUUUUACAAUUAAUAUUAAAGACCUGGA